GUGCCUUCCUACUAAAGUGGACAAAUAUUAAAAACUGGCAACACCUUCUUUCUUUCACUUCAAAAACAAGUGUCCGGAAUGGCUGACGCGCCGUCCACAGCACCAAAGGCCAAAGCGCCUAAAACCAAGGCCCCAAAAGAGAAGGCCCCAAAAGAUGCCGCGCCGGCGCCUCCAGUAGAAUCCCAGAAGCCUGUACGCAAGGCCUCCAAACCUCGUCACGGCAGACUGUAUGCUAAGGCUGUGUUCACUGGAUACAAACGUGGUCUCAGAAACCAACACGAGAAUACCGCACUCCUAAAGAUUGAAGGUGCCCGAUCGCGCGACGAUGCGAUCUUCUACGCAGGCAAGAAGUGCGUGUAUGUAUACAAGGCGAAGAAGCGCACCCCCAUUCGCGGAGGUCCCCGUGGCAUCAAGACGAAGCUGCGUGCGAUCUGGGGCAAGGUGACGCGCCCGCACGGUAACUCUGGCAGUGUGCGAGCCCGCUUCAAGUCCAACCUGCCCGCGCAAGCUAUGGGACAUAGGAUACGUGUGAUGAUGUAUCCAUCAAGGAUUUAAACACCUUAAUGUAAGAAUAAAAUAUAAAAUCCAAAA